AUCGAUAGUACUACCGAUGUAUGUGUCUUCACCACUUCGAUACUCUCGUAAUUGUGUAGAUACUAUUUGUUUUUGGACGAAUUCAGUUGGAUGCUUCGCUGGCCUAAGAUAAUAAAUGCGUACUAGCGGAUACAAUUAAGCUAAAUUAGUUUAACCUCCUGUGGUUUCGUUUUCGAUCGCAAUUGAAUAGCAUCCAAGUGAAUAGAAUCCAAUAGACGGCUUAAACGCGAGUUUAAUUCCCCCUCCACUGUGAAGCUCACACCUUAAAACUUGUUUCGAGUUUACCAAGUAGAGCGAGGUGUUUGUGCGUUUGUGUAUACAUACAAGCAAAUGCAAAAGGCUUCAGAAAUUCCAACGCAACUAAAAAAUUGCAGUGCAGAGCCACUUGCAUUGCCAGUUGGCGACAAUUAAAUGAUUGAACUUCAUUUCGGAGACUGGUAAAAAUUCACAGCCAUUGAAAUGGCACUGUGCAGUAUGCCGGGCAAGGGGAACAACCGCGAUCGCAUCCGGGAUCCCCGCGAGGAGAUCCUGCUCGAGACGAAUUUCGAGGACGACGGCGGAGUCCUGACUCGCGCUUAUAACGGAAAUCCGUACAACGCGUCCAUCCAGAACCGUCGGCGCAACUCGUACCGCUCGGACCACUCCUUGGACAGAUACACGGAGCGCGGAGGCGAAGGAGAAUGCUGCCAAUCCUGCAUGGCGCGUAUUCCCUACGCCACCCUGAUAGCCACUCUGAUGUGUCUCCUGGGAGUGGGAAUCUUCUGCUUCACCAUGUACCGAGGAGCCUCACUCACCGUAAUAAUGGUUGACCAGGUUUUCCACCUACGCCUUAUAUGGAUCGAAGCCGUGCAAAUGAUUUUUGUAAUAAUUGGAGCGGGCAUGGCCGCCCUCGGGUUCAUGAUCCUGUUCGUCGGAUUUUUGGCUACCGGAGCCACGAGAUACAAGGUUUACCGGGCGUGGCGAUCUCGAGUGGGCGGUCGAAUCUCGUGCGCCGUCCUUAUGGGGAUAACCUACCUGCUUAACUUUGUUUGGAGUCUGAUACUCUGUUUCCUAGUAGUGGUUACCUUCAUCUACACUAUGUUCUGGAACAUGUGCACCAGUGUUGAGCACUCUCAAAGCUGCAUUGAUUUGACACAAUUCCAUUUCAUGUUUCCGCCAAACACGAAACUUGAGGACAUGAAGGUCUGCGAAAAGUACGAGAUUAAGGCUUUCUGCAAAGACGGUGUUGAGAAUGCUGAGGUGAUGUUUAUACUGGCCACUCUGUCCACCCUUUUGGUGCUGCUCAGCCUGGUCCACUACCUCAUGUGCUUGUCUGCCAACUACGCCCAUAUUCGGGACCACGAAAAGUUUCAGGAGCUGCAGGAGAUCCAGAACUUGAACGAGCUGGAGUACAGCGCCACCUCGAAGGAUCGGUUCUAGGACAUAUUUCAGAAGAUUCAGUUUGAGCUUAAGGACAAGUCUACCGCUCUUUGAGCGAUUCACGCACAAUACAACGAAAAGUGAACAAAUUUCCAACGAAACCCAACAUGCUAUAGCUAAUAUUUUUCAUUUAGACCUAAGAUUAAAGUUGAGUUUCAAGUUAUACAUGUUCAUUUAAUAAGUUGGUAACUAAACUGUUUAUUAUUAUUUAAUGUGUUAAGCAGUUGUAUCCAUUUUAAAACUGUCAAAUCAAAAGAUUUUACUGAAAUUAUGCUUCUUAUAUUCUGUACGGUUUCACUAACGUUUUUCUUCCGUCCAUUGAUUUAAGUUAGUUUGUAUUCCUUAUUUUUCUGUUUCUUAUUACCUUGCAAGGAAUAAAUUCAUGCCAACAUAACAGUCAAAUGCUUAUGCUCAAAUUGAUUCUUCUGAAUUGCCGAAUGCAUUUUAUUAAUAUACGGAUACAUUAGUUAAUCGCAACUUAUUAUUAUUACAUAGUGUAAUCCAUCCGUGCACGAUUGUCUUUAAAAUCUGUACAACAAAUUACUUUUAAUGUGUAUAUUUCACUAUUGCAUCUACAACUUUAAAGCAAUACAAAUCCUGCCGUAGUAAUUUGUAAAUGCGGUAGCAUUAGUUUAGUAAGGCAAUGUUAAUCUGUAGAUUUGACUAAGUAUAAAAUUAUAAAUAUAUUUAUCUCGUAUUUAAUAUAUACACGUACGUAAUAAUGAUAUAUUUUAUACUACAAUUUUCUAACCUCACACUUAUACAAAAAGUAUAAACUUUUGAAAAUUAAAUAAAGAACUUGAGGUAAACCAAA